AUGUCUGGUCGUUUCGUCCGUUCCUCCAAAUACCGACACGUCUUCGGGCGGCCCACGAGAAAGGAUCAAUGCUAUGAUAACCUGCGUAUCUCGAGAAAUGCCUGGGACACCAAUCUCGUCAAGGCCAACCCCCAUUAUCUGUCUGUCAACUGGGAGGCCGGUGGUGGAGGUGCUUUCGCUGUGAUUCCCCUGGAAGAACGGGGCAAAUUGCCGGAGCGAAUUCCCUUGUUCCGAGGCCAUACCGCCGUUGUGCUGGACACCGACUGGAACCCUUUCAACGAUGACUUGAUUGCCUCCGGCUCCGACGAUGGCAGAGUCUUGCUCUGGCGCGUUCCGGAGAACUUCACCCUUCGCCCGGAUGUGGAACCCGAUCAGGUUCAGGACAUUGCGCCGGUUGGAAAAUUGAACGGACAUCCCAAGAAAGUCGGACACGUUCUCUUCAACCCCGCCGCCGAAAACAUUCUCGCUACUGCCUCCGGUGACUUCACCGUGAAGGUCUGGGAUAUCGAAGCCGGUGCCCCCAAAUUCACUCUGAACCUCGGCGACAUUGUGCAGUCGCAGUCCUGGAGUGCCAACGGAUCGCUGCUGGUUACCACGUCGCGAGACAAGAAGCUGCGCAUUUGGGAUGUGCGUCAGGAGCGCCCUGCGCAUGAGACUCAAGGCCACUCGGGUGCCAAGAACAGUCGUUCGGUUUGGCUGGGAGAGCGCGACCGCAUCGCGACCACUGGUUUCUCGAAGAUGAGUGACCGUCAGCUGGCUCUGUGGGAUAUCCGUGCGCCUCGGGAGCCCAUCAACGGGUUCAAGACGCUCGACUCGAUCUCUGGUGUUUGCAUGCCUUUCUGGGAUGAUGGCACGCAAUGUCUGUACUUGGCUGGCAGAGGUGACGGAAACAUCCGCUACUUCGAACUUGAGAACGACAAGUUUGAGUACCUUGCCGAAUACAAGUCCGCCGACCCCCAGCGUGGUAUCGCGUUCAUGCCCAAGCGCGGUGUCAACGCCCACGAGAACGAAGUCACUCGUGCCUUCAAGACCGUCAACGACUCGUACAUCGAACCUAUCUCCUUCAUCGUCCCCCGUCGUGCCGAGUCUUUCCAGGAUGACAUCUACCCCCCGACGAUCGGUCUCACGCCUGCUAUGGGACCCGGGGAUUGGGUUUCCGGCAAGGAAGCCAUCCCGCCCAAGAUCUCCAUGGCCAGCCUCUACGAGGGCGAGGGCUUGAAGGAGGUCACCGGCGUGCAGGACAAGCCCACAUCUACCAUGGGCGCUCCUGAGCCUCAACCGGAGUCGCAACCGAAGCCCGCCGAGCCUUCGCCUGUGAAGAAGGCUCCCGAACCCACUCCCGAACCUACCCCCAUCGUCAAGCCUGCGCCUUCUAUGAAGGAGCAGGGUGCCUCUAUGGCCGCCAUGGUCAACAAGUUCGCCGAUGAGGAAGAUGACGAGCCCGCCCCCGUGGAGGACUCAAGCUUCGACGAGGUCCCCAAGCCGGUCGAGCACCCUUCGCGUUCUCCGGACAAUGCCUCUCCCACCGUGAAGGCCAGCCCUUGGGGCCAGAAGGAGGAGGCCAAGUCGACGCCUACUCCCCCUAAGGUCUCGACCCCUACCAACGAUCGCUCUGCGACCAACACCCCGACCGUCUCGACCCCCACCGGCUCCGCCGGAUCCACCCUGACCACCACGGCCGCCGUGGCCGCCGACGCCGUGCAGCGGGAGAUUGGCAGCAUCAAGGACCUGAUUGCCGAGCAGACCAAGACCAUCGCCACCCAGGCACAGCAGAUGCAGACUCUUACUGCGGAGAUUGAAUCUCUCAAGGCCAAGCUGGGCUAG